CCAACUUCCAAGUGCGAGAACGCAGUAGUAGUGAUUCAAUCGAAGAGCGAGAACGAGGAAAGACUUCUUGCGGCCAAGAUGAAGGUUUUUGUGGAGACCACUCAUUGAAGAAAAAUCGUGUCAAUCUAACCAGUCAUCUGCUGCGCUUGAUGCUAACACAGUGCGUAGAAAAUAUUUCCCUUUUGCAUGGUUUAGUAUUGUGUGCGUACUUUUGUGCAAAAUUAUAUUAUGGGCCGAGAACAAUUUCCGGACCAUAUCUCGGGAAAGAAUACGCACGUACCACACGUAGUGUCUAUGCCAGGUGUAUGCAGGAGUGAGACCCCAUGAUAGUGUGGUGUGAAAUAGGUAGUGAAAAAAACGACAACAAAUGGAGCUGUCGGUGCAUUAUUCAUCUGGAAAAGAUUAAUCGCAGCUAUUUAAGAACCCCGACGAUUAAUGGGAUUCGAAAGAAAAUGUUAUCGAUUAUGUCAUGGUUUUGUCGUCGGUCAUAGUGCGGUGGAAAUAGUUCGAUAUUGCUGCAAAUUAACCAGUUCCGGUGGUGCAUUGCUGUAAAAAUUAGUACAAAUUAAGUUUCCUUCACAUAAAGGUGGUACCUUCUGCAAACAAUCACGCCAGAUUGUACAGCUAACUAUUCCUUGAAAAUCAGCUGAAGGAAGAAUCUCUACGUGAAUGCAGCAACAUGGAGGACAUUCGAUAUUCUUCUCACCCGCUGAAAUCAAGGUUUAGCAAGUUAAGCAGCUAAAAAUACUUUUUCCAUCGAAAGCACGUUUGAAAGACUUGGUAACUUCAACUAGCGCCGCUAGGUCGGAGUUGAAUCGGUGCAGAAUUCUUCACAUCCUUAAUUUAAUAUCCGUCGCAUAGACGAUAUAAAAAGGAGCUAAAUGAUGUUUUACUGCAGCCGAGAUCCUGCCAAAGCGUCCAACUGUAGUAAAAGUAGCAGCACGUCAGCCAAAUCUCAUGGACCUUACCACCAACCGUACUCGCUCCUGGACAUCACCGCCCGGAUCGUAGCUCAGAAUGAACCAUUCCAGAAGAUCGAGGAACGUUACGACCGGAUCCCUGAACCGGUCCAGAGGCGUAUCGUGUUUUGGUCCUUUCCUCGCAAUGAAAAGGACAUCUGCAUGUACAGUUCCUUGUCCAGGGUUUCCUCCAUAAACUCGGUGGAAUCGCAAAGCUUGAGCUUCUGCACUGGGCUCAAAUUGGUUGAAACUGGUUGUGUGGAGAAUGUCCUUCAAGUUGGAUUCCAUUUAAGUGGGAUUGUGUGGUCACACCCACCGAACCAAAUCGAACGCCACAACAGCGGCGGCAAUGCUGGGUCGUCUUCCGGAAGCCGCAAUAAUGAUCUGGGCUAUCCAUUGCCUCCAGCAAAUCAGAAUCUUUACAAUAAUUACCAUCACAACAAUCAUCAUCAGCAGCCGCACCAUCAUCAUGUUCAUCAGCAUCAUCCGGCGCAUCAUCAUCACCAGCAACAGCAACAGCACCAUGCGCAUCAGAAUCAUCAUGCUCCUCCUCUGUCCCCACCACCACCGGCACCUGCAAUGGUCCAUCCAGUGCAACCACAAGGUGGGGCUGCUGCAGGUGGUGGUGGACCAGCAGCGGCUGGAGUGGGUGUACAGGUGGCCGCUGCCGCUGUAGCAGCCGCGGCAGCCGCAGCCGCUGCAGGUGUCGGUGUUCCUGCUCCGCCGGGUGGACCUCAUAUGGUGGUUGUUGCUCAACAGCCAAUCGGUUUGGCCGCUCAGCAAAUGCAGCCACCAAAUGGGCAGCAGCCUUUCAACGGAGCCAAUAUGGACCACCGAGAUGCGUUCAAUAACAUGUCCCUUGGUGGGCAGAGCGGCUCCAACACAAGUGGACUGGAAGAGAAUAAGAAAUUUAAAGUAUCCGUCAGCUUCGAUCGAUGUAAAAUAACUUCAGUCACGUGUAGCUGCGAUACUAAGGAUAUAUUUUGGUGCCAUCAUGUGGUCGCCUUAGCCCUCUACCGAAUACGGAAUGCUGAUUCGGUAAAACUACGCGUUCCUAUAUCAGAGACUUUACUACAAAUGAACCGACAGCAGCUACAAAAGUUCAUUCAAUAUCUAAUUGCCGAACAUCAUACGGAAGUGUUGCCAACGGCACAGCGUCUUGCUGAUGAGAUAUUGCAGCAGCGCUCGGAAAUCAAUUCCAUCUGCGGUGCGCCAGAUCCGACGGCGGGUGCUUCCAAGGAUGACGAUCAUUCGUGGCAUCUGGACGAAACGCAGGUCUGCGAAGCGGUGAAAACGUACCUCGGUCAGGGUAGUUACUAUUACAGCAGCAAGCAUCUCAAUUCACUUUUCGGCAAAGUGCGAGAAAUGUUGCGUGCUCAAGACUCGAACGGUGCCCGCAUGCUGACACUAAUUACUGAGCAGUUCCUAAGUGACCCACGACUAGUGCUGUGGAAAAAUCACGGCACGCCAAUGACGGAAAAAUGUCGCCAACUGUGGGAUCAACUCGGUGCCUUGUGGGUGUGCAUAGUGUUGAACCCAAAAUCAUCGCAUGCGGAACGCAUGCACUGGAAGUCGCUGUUGGAGAAGUGGUCGAAAAGUGAGGUAUGUCCACAGGAGGAUCCUGACUUGCGUACGUCACCGUCGUCCAGUAGGGAAAGUGUACGCGACCGAUCGAAUCGUGAACGGGAGCGUGAUCGGAAUCGAUUCUUUCGCGAGAAUAAUCUACGCAACAUGAUGUACUACAACCAUCACCAUCAGCAACUCCAGUACCAACAACAUCACAAUAAUAAUCAACCUAACGGAGGAGGAGGAGGUGGCCACGAUCAUCCAAAUCGUAAUCACUUUAACCAUCGGUAUGGUGCGAUGAAAAAUAGAAAUGGAGAUAAUGGAAAUCGAGGAGGAAACAAUCAUCAUAACGACCAGUACGAUAGCUCCGAAACGGACUCCGAUUCCGACGACGAGAUGGAUGAAGCGAACGAGGACGAGGGUGCUGGAAACAAUGGUCAAGACGAGGAGGAAGAAAACAACGAGAAUGGCGAGGUCUUGAACGAUCAUGACGACGAAGACGACCAUCAUGAUGAUGAAGAGGCAGAGAGGCGUCGAGAAGAUGAAAAUGGUAUGGAGGAGGAUGUAGUCGAUCAAGUGCACAACAUUUUACAGGACAUCAAUUUUGCCGAUGGAGCGGAGCCCGGUCCGAGUCGUAAACAUCGUGACGAAGACGGGGAGGUACGAGAUUUCAUGAACCUCAACUUGAUGAACGUUCCGGAGGAAGAACAUCGAUUGCCAGAAAUGAUGCCGGAAAAUGACGACAGCUCCCGAGAAUCGAUGGAUGUCGACGGAGCCACAAUGGGUGGCCCAUCAUCAAGUAGCGUAAUUGGUAGAGUGAAUCAAGCCGGUGGUAGUGGUGGUGCAGGUACCUCUAAAUCUAGUGCUGGAAACGUUAGCUUCUUCCAAAGUCCAUGCAUCUGCGGAGAGGAUAAAUGUGAAUGCAAUAGACCAGUGUUUUUGGACGACAUAAAGCCGAAGAAAUUUUUCGAUUGUGUCGCUGCUGCAACCGCGGGUGGUAGUGUAUCAAUGCCAGCAGGUGUAAGCGCUCCUAACUUCGACGUGAACGAGGAUGCCAAUCAGGAUUGCAUCGAGCUAUCGAAGGACAUGUCUAUGGCGGGUACGAGUGGAACGUCUACGACAGGGACGCUGAAAAUAGGUACAAACAAUGAAGCAAUCGAAACUAUUGCCGGUACUUCUUUCUCGUCGUCAUCGUCCUCUUCGUCGUCAAAUUCGUCAGGGAUGGAUGAUCAUCGGAAAGAGGUAGAUCUAGACUUUGAGAAACCUGGACCGUCGGGAUUGAAUAAUCGGCGAAUCAACCCGGUGGAGGAACCAACCAGUUCAGGCUCGGGAAUGUCUUCAGGUACGGCUGCAGAUAGAGCUACUGGCAUGUCCCAUGAUGAUUGCGAUGAGUGUGACCAGCAACAACACAAAGAUAAACCAGUGUGCAAGAGAGCAUUGGAGGAUGAUGAAGAAGCAGGACCUAGCGGCAUUUCCACAUCCCUUGCAGCCAAAAAGUCCAAAGAAUCAACGAAGGAAGACGCGGACGUUAUGGAUGUGGAUCCCGAAGCUGGACCUAGUUCAAGGCGUAUCAGCACGGACGAUGGGUCUGCUGGAGCCGGCGGUUCAGGGCUGAACGGAAAUGCGGCCCCCGAAGGGCGCGCUAAACCUGCGAACGCUGGUGAUGGAAAUGCAGGGGGGAAUGGUCGACCCUGCAAGCGUCUAAAAUUGAACAAUGGUUCAUGGGUUAGCAAAAAUGGUAACAAAACACCUCGUACCAUUUUCCACAAAGCGCUCGAUGCAGUGAACAUGUCGUGGGAAAACGAACACCUUAAACGAAUCCUUGAGUCGGAUAGCUACAAGCUCUCUAGUCGCAAUUCAGUGCAAAUUGCCGGUUCCAGCAAGACCCCCGUAGCUAGCAACCCGAGCGCAAAAUCCAACUUCAAUGCCAACGGACAACCGUUGUGGCAUGAAAAAAUAUCCAUGACGGCAGCAAGGAUCGACUCAUUGCGUUCGCAUGGUCACAUGGAGGCUGCGCUGAGAUUAUCAGUGAGCGUUGUACGAACAAUGCGUGAAAUUCAGCGCGAGGCGCAAGCUCUUUGGUUACGACACAAACCAAAGUUACCCCCAUCACAAACUUCCUCCACUGAGCAUCCAACACCUGGACCAUCUGGUUCUGGAUCAGGAUCGUCAACUACGGCAGCACGGUGCAACUGUGGUCCUUUGAAAGUUGUUGCGACCGAGCCGUCCACGUGCAGAAAGGAAUCGAGCGCUACUAAACAGAUGCAUCAUUCCUUGUUAGCACCACCGGUCCCGGUACCAUCCUCAUCCUCCUCGUCAUCAUCAUCAUCAUCAUCCUCUUCUUCUGCUUCUGCAAUCCAACAACAGCAAAUUAUGCAUCAACAUCAGCAGCAGCAUCACAGUCACCAUCACCAUCAACAGCAACAUCUGAUGCAGCAACAACACCAACCGCAGGCUUCGACAUCAUCCGGAAUAAAAGCCGGAUGCCAGUGCCAAUCGCAUCGUCAUCAAUCACAAAGUUCAGCUCAUUUUCCUCUUCCACCACCGGCCCCGUUAAUGCCGGAUCUGCACCCACCCAACGCACUGCCAGUACCGGCGAUGAAGAAAGAUUGCUCUAAAUGUAUCCAAAUUAAAUGUUACUAUGAGUCGGUUGGAUCUGGUGCAUCUUCGCUAAAGCACAACGGUCCCAUUGCCGGCCCAUCUCAUGGAGGAGCUAACAAUGCUCACCACGGCCAGCAUCAGGUACCACCUGCACCGUCAAUGCCAUCUACGUCGGCAGUUGCACCUCAGCAGCAACGAAUGCAUCGCAGUUCAAGUGGAAUGAUAUGCACCUCCUCAAAAUGCAACCAUUUCCUGGCCGGACCCAAUGGUGCUGGAUUGAUGCAACCGCCCCACGACAUCUAUCGUAAAAUGCCCCACUGCUCGACGUCUUCAUCGCACCAACCGCCGGCGAAUCAGGCACAGCAACCCCAUUGCAGCCGCGAUUACCGUUACAUGAAAUUUCCGAGCAUGCCAACAAAUCAUCAACAACAUCAUCAUAAUCAUCAUCACCAUCACCAUCAUCAUAACCAACAACAACAGCUCGCGAAUCAGCACCAUGCACCACCAGGUGCAGCAAUGAUUGUUCCCGUUGGUAUCCGGCAUCCUCCUCCUCCCCCUCCUCCGCCUUCUUCAUCGUGCCCAGUACCGGGUCCAUCGACAUCUCGAUCGCAUGGAGCACCGGUUUCUGAUCCAUCGAUGUCUGCUACUUCGACGCAAUCAUCGGUCACAGUAACAACGGUGUCAUCACACAUAUCUACCGGUAGCUCGAAUACCACCGGUGGUCCAAGUGCAAGCUCCUCCGCUACGGCAUCUACUUCAGCAUCAAAGUCUUCCUCCGCCUCUUCGGCGCCAGUGGCAAGCUCAUCUUCCUCAUUUCCAUCCAAAUGUAACUGUCCUAUUCACAAGGAAGAAAUAUUACCGCCGCCACCGCCACCACCGGCACCAGGUCAUUCAGCAGCGCCAGCAGCGUGCCAUCCGACGGAUGCCAAUGUUGGACCACCAACUAUGAGCACCACGGUAUCAUGCUGUGUUAAGCCUAUCUGUUGCUCUUUGGCAAUGCCACCACAUCAUGCACAGCACAAACCAGGUCCGGCCAACUGUCCAGGUUACGUUCCAUCUUCCAGUGGUAUAUCUACGUGUGGCGGAUGUGCAAUGCACGCCAAUGGACCACAACCUACAAUGUACAACAACGGUGGAAUGUAUGGAAUGCCAGGUCCGUCGUCUUCUUCCAUGGCAGCGUCAUCUGGGCACGGUCACGCACAACCCAUGCCUUCUGGCUCGAUGUCAAAGCCGUUUGAGCGAUCGAUAAUGGGAUCGUUUAAUGGUUCCGAAUGCGAAGUACUGCCUAUAGCACAGCACCAACACAAGGAUGACUGUCCUGUGGCACUAGCUAAACAGAAGAAUUACCCGACCAUUGGUGGCAGCUCUUCGGGAAGCAACAGUAAUAACAGCUCUGCUAGUACUUCACAACCCGGUCCGAGCCGAUCGAGCACAUCGACAUCAUCGGCAAUGUUGGACCCAAUAAAGGUGAACCGGAAACCAAACUGCCUUUCGAAGUGCAUCGAUUGUAGCGUGGGAUGUGAAGUGGAAUUUCCACUAGACGCCAUUGCAUGCAUUUUCGACUGCUUAACGGAAGCGUCAUUAAUACCGGAGGCAGUUACUGUUCAGAUGAAUGAAAUGAGCCGCAUGGCGUAUGAUGCUGGCAAUGGCGGUGCUGUUGGUGGCGGCCCCGGGGGCAAUGGCAGUGGAACUGCAGCCCCAGAAGAUGUUAACAUCAUCGCUCCAAAGUACCGUCAUCUGCCUAUUGCCGAUUCCGCCGAUAAGCAGGAGACAUACUUAACACUCGCGUUCGAGGCGGCCAUUUUGGCGUUGAGCAAGCAGCGUAUUAUGCCGCACGGGUUGUACGCACAGCACGUCAUCUGUAAGCAGCAGGAUCAGUUAAUACAGCGCCUACGCAGCAUUGAUCUCGACUCGGUGCUGGUCGGCGUACUGCGGAAGCUUAGCGUACAGUUGCUUGACGGUGGUCCAACGAGCGGAUUGGGUGAGAUGAUACACCCCGAAUCAGUGCCGAUGCACACGUUGGCGCGGUUCCUGUUCGCCUCCUUGCUGAACCAACAUUCCGAUUUGGCGUUUGAAAUCGGGCUGCGUGCAAUGCGUUUCCCGAUAUUGGAGAAUAUCAACGAGGGUGCAUCGGUUAACGGUAUCGAAUUGCAGCAUAACAACUUUAUGCAUUCGCCAUACCCUCGCUGGUGGACACUGGGACACUUAGAGACGCAGCAGUGUUCGCUCAGCUCCACAAUGCUGAGUGCUGCAAAGGGUGACACCAAGCGCCUGUCGGCAGUGCUGCAGAAUGCUCGACGAAACAUUCACAGUUCGUCGCAUCUGUUUAAGCUUGCCCAAGAUGCGUUCCGCUUCGCCACACCGGAGAAUGGUCCGCGCAGUCAAACCCUACUCGGUGUGGCUUUUGAGCUGGGACUGCAAGUGAUGCGCAUGACACUUACGUGUCUAAAUUGGCGCCGUCGUGAAAUGGUUCGCUGGUUGGUAACGUGCGCGUCCCAUGUUGGCAUCGAUGCCCUUAUGUCUAUUAUGCAGAAUUGGUAUCACCUAUUCACACCAACGGAAGCAACGGGACCAGUUGCUACUACUAUCAUGUCACAUUCGACGAUCAUGAGACUGAAUCUUAACUUUCGCCAGCAGGAUGAGUUGUCUAACUGUGCCCGAACGUUGGCACUGCAGUGUGCUACAAAAGAUCCACCGAACUGUGCCCUGAAUGCGUUGACGUUAUGUGAAAACGAUGCGAUGGCCUUCGAAACCGCAUAUCACAUAGUAAUAGAUGCUGCGACUCACAUUAUGACAUCAAGUCAACUCUUUACCAUUGCUCGGUAUAUGGAACACCGUGGAUAUCCAGCGCGGGCAUACAAUCUGGCUAUGUUGGCAAUGAAAAAUGUCCAGCUAGCUUACAACCAAGAUACUCAUCCCGCUAUCAACGAUAUACACUGGGCGUGCGCCUUGUCUCAUUCGCUUGGCAAGCCCGAACUAUCCAAAAUGAUACCACUGGUGAUAAAAAAUGUGCAGUGUGCCACUGUCCUGUCGGAUAUACUACGGCGCUGUAGCGUUCCUACGCCUGGAUUGCACAAUUUCGGCGCUCAUGGUGCAAGAGGUAAUAAUUUGAGACAAUGCAUCAAGCUCAGUUACGAUCGUGAACCGCUCAAUCAAUUGCUUGAAGCCGCCGUUUCGGCCUAUGUAAAUACGACGCACUCAAGAUUGUCCCACAUUUCGCCGCGCCAUUAUAGUGAUUUCAUCGACUUCCUCAGCAAAGCACGUGACACGUUCAUGCUGGCACGCGAUGGACCGGCACACUUUUCCCGAUUGAUCGAGAACAUUACAAUUGCCUAUAAGGGCAAGAAAAAGCUGGUUCGGCAAGUGCGGCAACGCUUUCAAUUUGUAUAAAACCAAACAAACCAAUUUAAGUAAUUUGCACAUUUUGUUGUCUUAAGCAACUCAAUGCAAACCCAGCAUCAUUUUGGUUUGUUUUUGAAAACCUCCAACAGUGAUUAUUAUAUUCUAUUAGCUAGGGUAAUGAAUUUUGAUGCAUACUUUAUGCACCAUCCGUACGCUUUGCGUUAGCAAUUUUUUAUUAUGUGUGUUUCAUAUGCACAUUCUGAAUCGUACAAGAUAUGUCUCUCAUGCCAGUGCGAUUAUUUAAUAGUAGAUUUCGGUUGUAAACAAAUCUUCCUUCUCCAACAUUAUCUAAUUAGUUUGGAUUUCCUUGUUAGUAAACGGUAAACCGAUAGACAAUGAUUGUAAACAGUAUUAUGAUGUUAAUUGAUAAUGGUAUAUUUCUUUAAUCGUCUCUUGUUUAAUUGUUCUUUUUCCUGGUCUUUUGCUUGUUUUAGUUAUGUACGCGUACUAAAUUGUUAUUUACAUCUAGUUUAUUCUUAAUUUGUUUAACAGCGUACAAUGUAUGCUUUUUUCUUUCUUUUUGUCGAUUGUGUCUCUCUUUACUGUCUCUGUUUUACACCUUUUCUUCCUUAUGCUCUCGUACUACAUUCGUAUUUAUGCAACCUUUCGUUCAAUAUUGAUUCGCCAUAUAUUGAUUUUAAUGUGAACAAAAUCCUACUCCGAAUUGAUCUCAGUUUAUAACAUUACCCGACAUUGCGCUAGUAAGCCGUUUCAGUUGCCGGUUUGAUCAAGUGAAACAUGUCAUGUUCACGAACUAUAUAGCUUGUUUUAUGAUGAAGCGAAAAGUUACGAUACUUCCCAAACUACCAAUACAAAGAAAUAGAUGAAUAUUCUACAAACAUUCGCGCAGCCGGUAUAUAGUGAUUGAGUGCAAACGUGAACAUAUGCCAAUCGAUAGGAAAUAGUAACAGUGCUGCAAACUAACAAGCACAGUUGAAUAGCAAUUAGUGAACUGAAACAGGAUUGCCAAAUACCAAAUAACAUAAUGCACUGGUGGAAACACGGACGCAUCAUUGCAGUCACCUUUCGAUGCAGCUAAAAGGUGUAAGGUCUACUACAUUCAAUGAUAUAUAAAAUGCAAAAAACUAGACAAAAAAACUAAGAAAAUAUCACCUAAGAAAAAAAAGCAUUAGUAAUGGUUCGUUAACAAACUAACACGAAUAUUGCAUUUAGUUUACGUGCCACUGAUGUCCCAGCAACAUAAUAUGUUUCAUAUAAGCUUACAAACAACGGAGAACAGCAAUGAUAGCGAAAGGAGAGCAAGGAACUACCAGUUGACUGCAGGUUAUUUGAAAGGCAAGAAAUCAGAGAUUAAUAAGGUGAGAUUUUGUUAUACAGUUAGUGAGGACCGUUAUUAUUGUACGCCGCGGGGACUGUUAUUUUUGUUAGGCCUAUAUGUACUUGUGGAUCCGUUUGUUUAGUUUUGAUUUUUGCUUUAGUAUACACUUGUUUGUUUUCAAAAAUUAUCAUUAUUUUGUAUCUACCUCUUAGUGAUAAAAGCAUUCGUAACACAUCAGUAAGUAAGUUGAAAGCGGUUCCGUAGUAGUGACAAACAAAACUAAUUGUAACAUUUAUUGUGCAUGCGACAAGCCGCAUCUUACCAAAGCAAAGAUGAUGCAGCGCAUUGGACCUGCUUUACAAACUGUGUAAUUCAUUCAGAAAGGUGAUGCAUACUGACUCAUACAUUUAUGAACAAAAUUGAACCACUUUCCACAAAAGAAUGGUUCAACAAGCAUUACAUUUCGGCAUCGGUUAAAGUGCAAUAGGUUUGAUUUUAAUGAUUGUGAAAUGAUGCAGCUAAAAAACAAUGUAUCAAAUAUUAGCCCAUUGUCUGUUUCGCGACUUUUCUGUUUCAUAAAAUAUAAUCAUUUGUAGAACAUUAUCUAAGGACUGCAGCCACGGAACACACCCAUGGAAUAUGUUGCAUGAUGUACCAGUUUUAUCAGUAUUACACAGGCGCAAAUAAUAUAGAUAGACAAUAGAACAACAACAAAAAAGCAAAAUGGCUUAUGAGUUAACAGAAAAUGAAUUAUUAAAACAUGUUAGCGCACGUGAAAAAAAGGUGUUGACGAUAGUACGAUGACACGAACUACUAGGGCAGGAGUGCUAAACAGCGAUAGCAUUAUCUCUCUUCAAAACCUCUGCUAGCUAACUUCUUAAACAAACAUCUAGUGUAAUGCAUUCUGUUCGUGUCUCUGUUACUGUCAGAGAGGCGUUCCGAGAAAUGGGUGUGGACGGUAUCAUAACUUCAAGCUUACCACAGCCGUGACUAAAACAGUAACUACUAAAUACUAAAUAACUGCAAUGAAAGUAAUAAUGGCGGUAGUAAUAAUAGUAAUACAAUAAAUACAUGAUUUAAAAGCUUGAAAUUGGUUGGACUAAAGCUAAGAUAUAUCGAUCCUAAUAGAACCUAAUGCGCAGUAGUAAAAUAUGAUGGUGUACGCUGCAAAGGGUUAAGCGAAAGCGCAACUUCUUUAAAACAACAGUCGCGCAAACUAUUACGCCAACAGAGAGGGGAAGAAAGUAAUUUGGUGAUUGUGGCUUAAUUGUUGAGAGUGUAAGAAAAUCUCAGGACUGGUAAAAAAAAACACAUACAUAAAUAACAAAUUAGGAAACUUAUGGAAACUAGUAGAAUUAUGGAUGAUUGGCGGAAGGGAGGGUAGAAAAUACACGCCUACGGCGGCGGCUUGUGUGUUCUUGCGCGUAUUAAAAAAAAGUCAGCAAACACUUCAAAAGCCAAAAUAAGUCAAGCAAAUGCAGGAAUAAAUGAAUGAUUGAAAUAAACGCAUACAACUACAUUCA